GUUCUGAUUUAGACAUCCAUAGCAUCGCAGCGUUAGUCCGUAAAAUGCCACACGAUUCCAUGCUGAUUAUGCUGCGACAGACUAACACAACCACCCCUCUGAAGUAUUUUUUUAAAAUUAAAACGCUUGCAACUAUCCUAAAACUUAAAGUCUCUUCUCUAUUCCACCAGAAUAGGUUGCUUGAAGAUUAGGAGAUCAAGUCCGCAUCGCUUUAGUGUUUCACAGGUCGACUUCACGCGUCCAUGACAUAAACGUCCCGCCUUUUUUCCAUCUCUAACUCGAAUUGCACGCCCCUCUUCGCUUGUUUGCAAAUAAGAUUCGAGGCAAAGAAGUGCAACCUCCGCCUUUUCGUCCUCCAGCAUUGGUUUAGAAAGGGAGCCAAUCAGUAGUUUUAGCAUCUCAACACGAGGAGCAACAGCCAAUCAGGAAUGAGGUUAAUGAUUUAAAAGAAUCCGGUGGAGAAAGCUGCGUUGUAGGUUUCAGACGAAGUGGGUGUGGAGGGGUCAUUUGAUGCCAUAGGAAUGGCAACACACAUCUUCAUAGACAAAGAGAAUGGAGAGACUGGCACCACCGCUGCUACUAAGGACCGGCUAAAACUGCUAUUGGCACCUUCGAAAAGUUUUGUUGAAAGGUCUCAUCCUAAAACCCCUCUUGUUGGAAGGACAGCUAAUGUGAAUCUAACAGAAUCUCAAUCAGUCAGGAAGGCUCUGGGAAGUCUGAACAGGCCCCUAGCAACAACAAAGAGUCAGUUCCCUAAAGGAAAAAAGUUCUUGUUGAAAAAGGCAAAUGGAAAUGCAAGCAGAGCUGAAGACAACAGCAUGGUUCCUGAAGACUGCCCAGAGAAGGAAAAUCUUUUUUCUUAUAAUCCUCUAGAUUUUGAGAGUUUUGAGGUUCCUGAAGAGCACCGGCUGAGCCAUAUGUCAUUGACUGGAGUCCCUCUUAUGACAUUUGAAAGUGCACCUGACAGAUUUGCAAGCACCAUCCCUCUGCCUGUAAAGCAACCUUCAAUUUCAUGGGACUAUGACUGUCUGCAAUCAACUAAGGACUUCCUGGCCACCCUGGAUGAAAUAAUAAUUGAUCUUCCCCCUCCCUUAUAACAAGUGAACAAGCUAUAUUUUAAAGCUGUAUUCUGAACACGUUUCAAUUUCAUAAUAAAGAACUUGUAGUUAUAA